GGAAUGGGCGGCGUUUCUGGUCGAGACCCUUCUUCAGACUCCUGUCCUGACCCUGGUCGCCCACCCUGGUGCAAGUUAACGUUGCGAUCAACUUAUUUAAAGUUAUCGGAUUGCCUCUAAGUGUUUUGCAAGUGGGGGUUUCGCCGGCGUGGAGCAGACUCACCAACUCCUCGUGCAUCACUCAACACCCAUUUCUGCAACUUCAGGUGAGGGAACAUGGCUGUUACCAACAGUAUGAUAGCAAAUAAGUCGACAGUGUUAAAUUGGACAGGAGCAACCUGCAAUUCCAGAGCCACUGAUCGAGGGAAAGCAGAUGGUGACACGUUUGUCAUCGUUGUCGAGGACCCUCUGAGGGCUGACCCUGAUCGUAUCGUUCAUCGACGUCCGGACACCGCCCCGAAGACGCUGAUCGGCACGGAGGCGAAGUGCCCUCUGAAGCCAAGCAACAGCUGUGUGGCAAAGCCCAGCCCCAGAACCAUGUUGAGCCACAAACUCAGCAUCAAUGGCCCUCUGCUAGAGCUGUCCGGCAUCUUGGACGUGCCUAAACCACCAAGGAACUCUUCCAGGCAAAGCUGCGCUCCCGGUAAACCUGGCAUCAUCACUCGCAACCCAAGCAUCAAGGAGAAGAUUUCGGAAUGGGAGGGGAAGAAGGAAGUGGCGCUGCCGACAGACAAAGAGAAACCGGUGAAUAAAGAAACCAAGGAAGUCGAUGGCAAGUCGGGCCCGGUGAAUUUGGUUGAGGGGAUGACGGUGAAGAAGGGCGAAGGGAAAGCUGGGAGUAUUUGGACUUUGGAAAGCAAGGAGGCGGGGAAAGAGAACGAGUACAAAGUGGGCGAGAGGACUGCGCGGACGUUGGAGACGGAGCGCAGGUUGCUGGAGGACAAGGAGGACAAGGAGAGCGAGAUGGCCAAGUGCGACAGUGCCAUGCAGCAGGCUUGCGAGAAGGCGAAGGACGCGGGCUGCGCAAGGAUGGCGCCGCCGCCAGGCCCGGCUCAGGAGAGGACCACCGUGCUGGGCCACAUCAAGAAGCUGGAGGAGAAGGCAAAGGACGACUCGUCUCCGACCCACCUCCAGCUGCCCGGAGACUAUUACACCACCCAGAGACUGCACCACAAGGCCCUGGCAGCUCAGGGGAGCAGCUCCCCAGCCAAGGAGAAGAAGGAUGGUAGCUGCAGCUCGGAGCUGAAACGCAAGCACAUCCAGUCCAACUCGGACUCGGAGGCCGGCGAGCCCAUCUUCGGGGCGGUGGAGAAGUUGAAGAGCAGCUGGGCCAGCUGCAAGAUCAGGAACGUAGAGGACCUGUACUCAGAGCCGGGUGCUCUAGACCACCAGCUGGUGGUCAACCCCGUGCCCAAGCCCCGGCGCACCUUCGAGUACGGCACGGAGAAGCUGAGCGGCCUGUGUGUGUUGAGGAGGAGCGCUCGGCAACUGCCAGCUCUCCCCGUCAUCCCCCCACCUCUCCCCCUCUCACCCCCACCCACAGGCAGCACUGCCCCCAUCAGCGGCAGGCCACGGCUCAACUCCAGAGAUAACCGUCGGAAAUCGUUUGAAUUUGAGGACGUAAAAGACCUUCAAAGGCUCCAGUCUCUGGAUGUGAGCAGAGGCGGGCAGGUGGACUGGUACGCCCAAUCGAAGCUGGCACUCAACUGUGCUCUAUCAGAAGAAAACAUAUACGAGGACAUCCUAGAUGUCCCCAAGGAGAAUCCUUAUGAAGACAUAGAGUCGGCAGACAGGCACUCGCUGGGGAAACCGUGCCCGACAGCUCAUCCUUCCUCAGGCUGCUCCACUCCUAAACCAGGGUCUCCAUCUGAAACCAGACCCGACACACCUACAAAGCUUCUGUUGAAGACUCCCUCCCUCUUCCGCAACUCCUCGGAGCGGAGGAGUUUCAAGCUGUUGGACAUCCGGAAAAUCAGCAAAGACGGCGUUAGUUCUCCGUCUAAAGCCAGCCCGCCCUCCACGCCGAGCAGUCCCGAGGACACUCUGAGCCUGGCCGGAGAUUCGCAGCAAGUGAAGCGGAGGAAAAAGAUCCCCAAGCUGGUGUUGAAGAUCAACGCCAUCUACGAUGCGAGGAGAGGGAGAAAGAAGCUGAGGAGGAUCACGCAGUCUUCAGAGGCCAGCACUGGAAGAGUUACAGAUGAAAACAGUGAAACGGACAGUGAGACGGAAGAGAAACUCAAGGCUCACAGUCAGCGUCUGGUGUUGGUCAAGUCCUUGCUGAAGCAGAAGAGCCGCUACCGUACCUUAGAGCGUGACCUCAUCGAGUUCCAGGAGUGGCAGCUGUUUGAGUUCUUUGUGGUGGUGGCCCUCCACAUGAGGAAGGGUAGCAGCACGUACCUGCCAGAGGUCACCCAGCAGUUCCCCCUCAAGCUGGAUAAACCAUUCAAGUUUAUGCGGGAAACUGAAGACCAGUUAAAAGUCAUCCCACAGUUCUGCUUCCCCGAUGCCAGGGACUGGGUCCCCGUUUCUGAAUUCCCCAGUGAGACGUUCUCCUUUGUCUUGACCGGCGAGGACGGCAGCCGAAGGUUCGGAUAUUGUCGGCGACUGCUGCCCACUGGGAAGGGGAAACGCCUGCCUGAAGUUUACUGUAUUGUCAGCCGUUUGGGCUGCUUCAACCUCUUCUCCAAGAUCCUGGACGAGGUGGAGAAGCGGAGGGUGAUAUCGCCCGCCCUGGUGCAGCCGUUCAUGAGGAGCAUCAUGGAGGCGCCGUUCCCAGCUCCGGGACGAACCAUCACCGUCAGAAACUUCCUCCCGGGAUCAGGCAACGAGGUGAUCCAGCUGUGUCGACCGCUGGACUCGCGGCUGGAGCACGUGGACUUCCAGUGUCUCUUUUCCUCGCUGACUAUCCGCCAGCUGAUUAAAGUCUUUGCCUCCCUUCUGCUGGAGAGGAGGGUGAUCUUCACAGCGGAUAAACUCAGCACCCUGUCCAAGUGCUGCCACGCUGUGAUGGCACUUCUCUACCCGUUUGCCUGGCAGCACACCUACAUCCCCGUGCUGCCCCCCGCCAUGAUCGACAUCGCCUGCUCCCCCACGCCGUUCCUCAUCGGGCUCCUCUCCAGCUCCCUGCCCAAGCUCAAGGAGCUGCCACUGGAAGAGGUGCUCGUGGUCAACCUCGGGACAAACAAGUUUCUCAGGCAGGUGGAUGAUGAAGAUUCCAUUCUACCACGCAAGCUGCAGAUGGCACUGGAGCAGGUGCUGGAGAUGAGAAAUGACUUGGUGACACAGGAGGAGGACUCUCUCGUGGAGGGCGUUGCCUCCCUUAAUACUGUGGUGUCCGAGACCUUUGUACGUUUCUUUGUGGAGAUAGCUGGCCACUACUCCCUCUACAUGGCUUCCAGUGAGAAGGACGAGAGGAUCUUCCUGGGAGAGACCUUUCGCAAGUCCAUUGCCUCCAAGAGUAUUCGCCGCUUCCUGGAGGUGUUCAUGGAGACGCAGAUGUUCGGGGGGUUCAUUCAGGAUCGAGAGCUGAGGAAGCUCGGGGUCAGAGGUUUAUUUGAGCUUCGAGCCCAGGACUACCUUGAAGCACUCACUGGGGGUGAACAAAGAGGCAUGAACCGAUUUCUCAGAGGGCUAGGCAGCAAAAUGAAAUUCCUCCACAAGAAGUAAACGCCUUUGGGAAAGCAUCGCAGAAGCAAAGGCGGCUGGGAGCAGCAGCGCGGUUACUUUUUCUCCAAUCAGUGGUUCUUGGCGAGGCAUCGGUACACACGAGGAGGCUACAAGAAGGAAUGAGGCAGUCCUGAGGGCAAUGGACCCGCUCCAGCCGCUCUCUGUCGUCUAGACUCGUCUAAAGUCUGCGUGUCUCUGACCUCAUUUGCUGCACCCGACCCCCAACACGUUCCCUGCAGGAGGGAGCGGAACCAGGGGAGGAGGAAGCGUCCGUCACUGGAGACGGGCCUUUUAUUUUUGAGAGAAGAAAGUGCCGGACAAUGAAGGAGAGAAGAGAUAAAGGAGAAAGUUUGUAAAUGUGUGAAUACGAGAUGGCAUGACUGUCAUUUUUGGCGAUGUACGUCGCAGUGUACAAAAAAGUUAUCCGCGCACAAGGAGCUGGCUUACAGCAGUCUGAACCCCAAAUACCAAUGGAUACUUUGUCUACAGCAGGCACCACCACUUCACCCGUGGACAUGGGCUUCUCCCAACCAGACAUCCCAUGUUGUGUCUAGCAUUGCCUGACGAGUGAGAGCUCGGGUACACUUACCAGGGCCGGCAUGUUGCCGUGCUUGCCCUUCAGCCCAUCCGAUGGGAAUGUGAAAUAAGAGGCGGUACUAUAACAAAA